AGAGAGAGAGAGAGAAAGAGAAAGGGGUGGAGAGAGAGAGGUUUAGCGAACAGUCUAACAGUGUGAGUGGAGAGGUGUGCAUGUGCAGGAGAAGCAGCGGAGACUCUGGCACAGCACGCUGAGCUGACACCGAGGGCAUCGCCGCAGCGUGGCGAUGAGCUAGAUGACAAACAGAGACAGGCGUAGAGAGACCACAUGAGAGAGAGCGCAAGAGAGACCUGCCGCAAGAGGAUACAGCCGCAGAGUGACAAGCGUCAACAGGACAGAGCGCCAGAGAGACAGAGGACAGAGAGACCGGCAAAGACAGGCAUUGGCGCUAGAGAGACCCGUGGAGAGAGAGACUCAUGCCUCCCACAGCUGAAAAGAGAGACUAAGGAGGCUGAACCAGAACUCCACAGAACCUGGGACACCCUACCUUCAACCCUCCACCCCCUCACUCCAGCCCUCCCCCCAGCCCCCCCCCCCCAGCCCCCCCCACCCCUCAGCUCUCCACUCCAGAACCCUCCACGCCAACCCCCUCAGCCCCCGGACCCCGGACUGUCCACAAGAGAUGGACACCGAGAGCCAGGUUAUGGAUCCGGACGGUGGGGAUGGGAGUCACCUCCACUCCCCAAAGACUGAGCAGAGCCAGGAGAGGGUCUGGAUGCGCCUCAAGGGAAUGCAGAAGUACAAGAGCACUUCUCAGAGGUUGCGGUGUCUGGUGAAACAGCUGGACAAGGGAGAGGUGAAUGUUCUGGAUCUGAGGAGGAACAUAGAGCACGCUGCCUCCGUUCUAGAGGCAGUCUACAUCGAUGAGACCAGGCGUCUCCUGGACACGGAGGAUGAACUCAGCGACAUUCAGGCGGACUCCGUGCCAUCCGAAGUCCGCGAUUGGCUGGCCUCCACCUUCACCCGGAAGAUGGGUGUGGUCCGGCGGCGCCCGGAGGAAAAGCCGAGGUUUCGCUCCAUCGUCCACGCCGUGCAAGCUGGGAUCUUCGUAGAGAGGAUGUACAGACGGACAUCCAACAUGACAGGACUGACAUACCCUCCUGCUGCCCUGGCUGCACUGAAGGAUGUUGACAGGUGGACCUUCGACGUGUUUGCUCUGCACGAGGCCUCCGGUGAACACGCCCUCAAGUUCCUGGUCUACGAGCUGCUGACCCGCUAUGACCUCAUCACUCGCUUCAGGAUCCCUGUGUCCUCCCUGGUGUCCUUCGUGGAGGCUCUGGAGGUGGGCUACAGCAAGCACAGGAACCCCUACCACAACCUGGUCCACGCAGCCGACGUCACUCAGACAGCUCACUACCUGAUGCUGCACACUGGGGUCAUGCACUGGCUGACUGAGCUGGAGAUCCUGGCCAUGGUGUUUGCUGCGGCCAUCCAUGACUUUGAACACACAGGAACCACCAACAACUUCCACAUCCAGACCAGGUCUGAGGUGGCCAUCCUGUAUAACGACCGGUCGGUUCUGGAGAACCACCACGUGAGCGCCGCCUACAGGCUGAUGCAGGAGGACGACACGAACAUCCUGGUGAACCUCAGCAAGGACGACUGGAGGGAACUGCGGGCGCUGGUGGUGGAGAUGGUGAUGAGUACAGACAUGUCCUGCCACUUCCAGCAGAUCAAGACCAUGAGGAACCUGCUGCAGCAGCCACACUGUGUGGACAAGGCCAAAGCCCUGUCUUUGAUGCUGCACGCUGCAGACAUCAGCCACCCAGCCAAGGCCUGGCCCCUACACUACCGCUGGACACACAGUCUCAUGGAGGAGUUCUUCAGACAGGGCGACAAAGAGGCGGAGCUAGGCCUGCCCUUCUCUCCUCUGUGUGACCGCAAGGCCACCAUGAUCGCCCAAUCACAGAUCGGCUUCAUCGACUUCAUCGUGGAGCCCACCUUCUCAGUCCUGGUGGACACCACAGAGAAGAUCAUGUCUCCUCUCAUAGAGGAAGCUGUCAAGUCGCAGGACUCUGGUCCAUGCAGGUCCAGCCUGACAGGCAGCGGCUCUGUGACGGUGGAAUCGGUCCAGAGGCAUAGUGGACGGGGUUGUGGUCCUGAUCAGGUGACCUCCGACUACUCGCUGGAAGGCAUUGACCUCCACCAUGUGCGCCUCCUGCUGUCUGAGGUCAUCCAAAACAACAAGGAGCGCUGGAAGGAGCUCUCUGUACAAGAGCUGGCCAGCAGAGAGAGGGAGGAGAGGUGUCCAGACGUCACAGAGGUCACAGAGGUCAGUAUCCUCCAAUCGGACGACUCGCCCACUCACACCAAUCAGCUGAACGAUACAGACUCCAGACCCGCCUCCCCGUCCCCGUCUGAUGACACGCAGAGCCGGUCGCCCGGUUUCGCCCCUCCAGAGCGGUGGAACGGGGAGGGGCCUGGAGUGGUCUUUGAGGAGGAGGAGGAGGAGGAUGGAAAAGACUGACACCACGCUGCCACGAUGAAGAGGCUGCCACGGCAAUGCCUGUCUGCCUGUGUGUCCACCUGCCUUUCUGCCUGUUUCUCUGUCUGCCUGCCUGCCCGUCAUUCCGUCCGUCUGUCUGUCUGUUUAUAGUGUACAUUACGUAACAUUUCCAGUCUACUGGACUACUAUUUAUUAAAGACAGAGGUGACAGUCCUCUUUAGACCUCAAA